AUGGAUCAAAAAAAUAGCGAAAAUAACUAGAUGUAGAUAGAAGAAGAAAACUCUUCUUAAAAAAUUAACUAUUAUCAUAAUCAUGAUGUUAAUUAAAAACUUGACUGUUUGGAAGGUUAUAUGCAUAAUCAUAGGUCAUAGUAUUGCAAAAUGUGCAAAAGGACAAGCAAAGAUAUUGGGAAUAAUCACAAUAAUUUCAAUUUAGAUACAUGUUUUGAUAAUGAUAAUAUUAAAGAAGAAAGUAAAGGAUAUGAAAGAAAUCAAGAUUACUAUUAUGAUAGUUAUUCCCACUUUAACAUUCAUGAAGAUAUGCUCAAGGAUAAAGUCAGAACCAAGGCAUACAUGAAAUCUAUCUUAGAUAAUAAGAAUUUAUUUGAAGGAAAGAUUGUACUUGAUAUUGGUUGUGGUACAGGUAUUUUAAGUAUUUUUGCUGCUAAGGCAGGGGCAAAGCAUGUAUAUGGAGUUGAUAACGCUAAUAUUAUUUUACAUGCAAAAGCAAUUGUUAAAAAUAAUAAUUUAGCAGACAAAAUUACACUAAUUUAAGGUAAAAUGGAAGAAGUAGAAUUACCAGUAGAAAAAGUAGAUAUCAUUAUUUCUGAAUGGAUGGGUUAUUUUUUACUUUAUGAGUCUAUGCUAGAUUGUGUAUUAGAUGCAAGAGACAAAUAUUUAGCAUCAGAUGGUCUAAUGUUUCCUAAUAAGGCUACUAUGUUUAUCUCAAGCUUCUGUAAUGACGAAAUAUAUAAUUAAAGAUUUGAUUUUUGGGAUAAAGUAUAUGGAGUUGAUAUGUCUUGCAUGAAAUAAUGGGUCUAUAAAGAACCUUUAGUGGAUUAAGCUGAUAGAGGGACUAUUAAUGGAGAUUUUGUAAAAUUAAUAGAAUUUGAUUUAGAAACAGUGAAAAAAACUGAUUUGGAUUUUGUUGCUGAAUACACUUUAAAGAUAAGAAGAGAUGAUUAUGUUUAGGGAGUAAUAAUAUGGUGGGAUGUUUACUUUAAUUAUUGCAAAAUACCAAUUAAAUUAUCAACAAGCCCAUUUGCAAGUGAAACUCAUUGGAAAUAAACUAUGUUCUUUAUAGAAAAUGAGGAUAUACCUGUGAUUAAAGGUGAUACCUUAUCAGGUAAAGUAGCUGUAAAGAAAUGUACUAAAAAUCCAAGAGAUUUGGAUAUAAAAAUACAAUUUAAACUUGAAAACCGCGAAAUAGAUUUUGACAAAUCUUUUGUCUACAAAAUGAAUUGA